AUGGCCCAGAUCAGCGACCAGACUCUGCCCGGGCCCGAGACCACAGUGCAGAUCCGUGUCGCCAUCCAGGAGGCCGAGGACGUGGAGGAUCUGGAGGAGGACGACGAAGGGACCGCGGCGCAGGCAACGGGGGACCCAGCCCGGUACCUCAGUCCUGGCUGGGGCAGCGCCAGCGAGGAGGAGCCAAGCCGUGGACACAGCAGUGCCACGACAAGUGGGGGUGAGAAUGAGCGCGAGGAACUGGAGCCGGAGUGGAAGCCCCCGGAUGAGGAGCUCAUUAGGAAGCUGGUGGAUCAGAUCGAGUUCUACUUUUCCGAUGAGAACCUGGAGAAGGACGCCUUCCUGCUCAAGCACGUGCGGAGGAACAAGUUGGGCUACGUGAGCGUCAAGCUGCUCACCUCCUUCAAGAAGGUGAAACACCUCACACGGGACUGGAGAACCACAGCACACGCCUUGAAGUAUUCAGUCACCCUGGAACUGAAUGAGGACCACCGGAAGGUUAGGAGGACCACCCCUGUGCCACUGUUUCCCAACGAGAACCUCCCCAGCAAGAUGCUGCUGGUAUAUGAUCUACACCUGUCCCCCAAGCUAUGGGCCCUGGCCACGCCCCAGAAGAAUGGAAGGGUGCAGGAGAAGGUGAUGGAGCACCUGCUCAAGCUCUUCGGGACUUUCGGAGUCAUCACAUCGGUGCGGAUCCUCAAACCUGGCAGAGAGCUGCCUCCUGAUAUCCGGAGGAUCAGCAGCCGAUACAGCCAGGUGGGGACCCAAGAGUGUGCCAUUGUGGAGUUCGAGGAGGUGGAGGCCGCCAUUAAAGCCCAUGAAUUCAUGGUCAGUGAAUCUCAGGGCAGGGACAACAUGAAAGCUGUCUUGAUCGGGAUGAAGCCACCCAAAAAGAAACCCCUCAAAGAUAAGAACCAUGAUGAUGAGCCCACAGCUGGUAUCCACCUAAACCGGUCUCUGAACAAGAGAGUGGAGGAGCUGCAGUACAUGGGGGACGAGUCCUCCGCCAACAGUUCCUCCGACCCUGAGAGCAAUCCCACCUCUCCUAUGGCUGGCCGGCGGCAUAUGGCCGCCAACAAGCUCAGUCCUUCUGGCCACCAGAAUAUCUUCCUGAGCCCAAAUGCCUCCCCAUGCUCAAGUCCUUGGAGCAGCCCCUUGGCCCAGCGCAAGGGUGUCUCCAGAAAAUCCCCACUGGCUGAGGAAGGCAGACUAAACUUCAGCACCAGCCCCGAGAUCUUCCGGAAAUGCAUGGAUUACUCUUCGGACAGCAGUGUUACCCCCUCAGGCAGCCCCUGGGUUCGCAGACGGCGCCAAGCUGAGAUGGGGACACAAGAGAAAAGUCCGGGGGCAAGUCCCCUGCUGUCUCGAAGGAUGCAGACUGCAGAUGGGUUACCUGUGGGGGUGCUGAGGUUGCCUCGAGGCCCUGACAACACUAGGGGCUUCCAUGGCGGACAUGAGAGAAACCGAGCCUGUAUAUAA